GCUUGGGCUUAGGCUUACGCGUACAGAACGCACGCGAAAGGACGGCCACGGCCACCUCCGCCGCCACCGGGGGGGAGAGGGGGGGAUCGUCAUCAUCAAGACGGGAUCUACCCCCACCCCCCGCAGUGAGCGAUCGAUGCCUCAAUGGGCUUGCCAAUAUGACGGGAGAGUUUCCCCAAGUCUUGUCACCCAACACACUCGGCACAUUGAGCCUUGCCUUGAGAGGGAUGGGCGACUGUGCUGCACAACCAAGCGCCCAGAUUUAGCCAAGCGACCACGAGGGGCAAGCGAAAAAAGCCGGGGCGAAGAAGCAUAUUCGUUGAUUCGACGUCGAGCAGACCAGACCCCGGCCAUGUUCCGCGAAGCCGCAUCGGAAGCAACCAUGACCACCAACGCCCGAAUCGUCCAGCAUCCUCCUCCUCCCGCCACCCGCCCGCUCGCCCUAUUCCAAGAAUCGAUUCGGCCCAUGUUCCUACGAGGCGACGGCGACCUCGUCCGCCAUUCCCCGCGGCGAGUGGUAGCCCGGGGAUUGGCAAACGGAUGGCAUCGCCCGGCCGGGGUAUCACCACUAACGCGAUGGACCUACAGGCGAUUGCCUCCCGCGGUCAAAGGACUCGGGCAUCACCGCCAGCCAGCCAGGCAGCAAGGCACGUAGCGAGACAGACAAAGCUACCUACUGGACUAACUGGUCAAACCCACGGGGAUUCUCACUCGUCCGAGAGCCCGCCGCGGGCCUCGCUUGGAUCAGACGGCUCGCGUGCCUACUGCUAACGUUAGUGCCACGACUCCAAGUCUCCAACACUUGCCUUUUUCUUUUUGUUCGCCUCUCCCCCGCUCUUCCCGGUUGCAUCGGGCGCGGCUAAAUCCCUGGACUGGAGGUUCGCUACGCUGGGUGCGCACCAUCGUCAUGACGUCAAAGCGUACGUACGUGCCGUCCCGAGGCUCAGCGCUCUUGGCCGACGUGGUGCGGGGGUGAUUGAUGGAUGGCGACGAAGUCCACCGCCGGAUGGCCCUUGCCCACCUCGUCAUGCGGGCGGACGGCUUAUGGCUUAUAAGUCGUGAUGCCCGUGGUGGGCUCGUAGACGUGCUCCUCCAGCGACCCUUGCACGGCGAAACCACCAGACCUCCAGCAGCAGCAGCAUCAUACCCGCCGCCAUGGUGUUCUUACCGAGCGUUCUCGUCGCCGCGGCGACGCUGACCAGUGUCGCGUCAGCUUCGUAUCCCCGGUUCUCCUCCUCGUUGGAGCCUCGCGCGGUCAGCGAAAAGGGGCCCCUCGCGCCGAAGGAGGAUCCGUGGUACACGGCGCCGCCGUCCUUUGCCUCGGGCGAGCCCGGACAGAUCCUCCGCAUCCGACCUGCCCCGGGGAACCUCACCCAGGUCGUCGGCAACUGCUCCGCGGCGUACAACAUCCUAUACCGCACGACGGACAGUCACUACAAGCCGACGUGGGCCGUCACCACGCUGUUCGUGCCAAAGACGUCCAACGGCACCGCCGCCGCCUCGUCGACAUGGGGCAAGGCGCUGCUCUCGUACCAGAUCCCCUACGACUCGGCCGACGUCGAUGCCAGUCCGUCAUACGCGCUCUACAAGAACCCGCCGGGGGACAUCGCGGCCGCCCUCGGCCAGAGCUGGUUCGUCAGCGUGCCCGACUACGAGGGCCCCCUCGGUUCCUUUACGGCGGGCGUCAUGUCGGGACACGCCACGCUCGACUCGGUCCGGGCGGUGCGCGCGGCGUCCUUCGGCCUGGCUCCCGACGCCCGGUAUGCCAUGUGGGGAUACUCGGGCGGCGCCCUGGCGAGCGAAUGGGCCGCGGAGCUCGCCGUGCAGUACGCCCCGGAGCUGGACUUUGCGGGCGCCGCGCUCGGCGGGCUGACGCCCAACGUGACGUCCGUGAUGCUGUCCGUCGAGGGCACCGUCGGCGUCGGGCUCGUCCCCUCGGGCAUCCUCGGCCUGGCGAGCCAGUUCCCCGAGCUGCGCAAGUACGUCGAGGACAACCUCAAGACGGACGGCGAGUUCAACAAGACGGGGUUCCUGGCGGCGGAGAACUACACCCUCAGCGAGUCGGCCGUGGCGUUUGCCAACCACAACAUCUCCGACUACUUCAAGAACGGCUUCGACCUCGUCUACUCGCCCGUCGCGCAGCGCGUCAUCAACAGCGACGGGCAGAUGGGCUACCACGGCGUGCCGCAGAUGCCGCUCUACGUGUACAAGGCUGUGCAGGACGAGAUCAGCCCCGUCAACGAGACGGACGCGCUCGUCCAGAGGUUCUGCAACGUCGGCGCCACCAUCAGCUACGUCAGGAACGGCGCCGGCAGCCACACCACCGAGUUUGUCAACGGGCUGGCGGGCGCGGCCAAGUUUCUGCAGAGCGUGCUGGCGGGCGACUUCAACUCGACGGGCUGCACGACCAAGAACGUCAACAUUAGCCUGGUCGACAAUGCGCUGCGGCGACGCGAUCUUCAUCUGGUUUGGUAGCGUGUUCUUCCGAUAGCCAUGUCUUUUAGAUGAAUGGACGGGAAC